AUGGAGCUCCAAGCUGUGUUGAUGGCAGCUGGUGGGGGUUCUCGUAUGAUGGAUCUGACGUACAACACCCCUAAGCCGAUGCUGCCAGUGGGCAACAAGCCUCUCAUGUGGUACCCACUGAACCUGCUGGAGAGGGUUGGCUUCGAAGAGGUCAUCGUGAUCACCACCAAGGAGGUGCAGAAGAUGAUGAGCACGGACCCCAAGAUGAAGCUGGAGGUGAAGAUGAAGCUGGACGUGGUGUGUAUCCCGGAGGACACCGACAUGGGAACCGCCGACGCUCUCCGGCACAUCCAGCAGAAGAUUAAGACAGACAUCCUGGUGAUGAGUUGUGACCUGAUCACGGACGCAGCGCUGCACGAGGUGGUGGACCUGUUCCGGGCACACAACGCCACCCUGGCCAUGAUGAUGAGCAAGGCCCACGAGUUCACGGAGACCGUCCCCGGGCAGAAGGGCAAGAAGAAGACCGCCGAACAGAGGGACUUUGUGGGGGUAGAUGAAUCGGGCAAGAGACUGCUUUUUAUGGCCAACGAGGCAGAUUUGGAGGAGGGGCUAUCGAUUAGGAAGUCCAUCAUGAGGAAACAUCCCCGGAUGCACAUUAAGACCGGCCUGGUGGACGCCCAUCUCUACUGUCUGAAGAAGUCGGUUGUGGACUUCCUGGCUGAGAACAAGUCGAUCUCGUCCAUCCGCGGCGAGCUGGUGCCCUACCUGGUGCGUAAACAGUUCUCCAAAGCCGCCAACAGCCAAACGACUAAAGACGAGGCAGACGAACAGAGCCAGAAACAAAAAGACGGCAACGUCAACCUUGAUCUGCACAUUCUGUCGCGGGACGAGCCGUUGCUGCAGCUGGCCCAGGACUACUCCUGCUGGAACGACCACCGCGGCGACAUGAGCGACGCCUACCACGGCGGGACGCUGCGCUGCUACGUGCACAUCAUGGAGCAGGGCCUGUGCUACCGCGUCAACACGCUGGCCGCCUACAUAGAAGCCAACCGGCUGGCCCCCAAGCUGUUUGAGGAGCCUGCGGUCCACCCUUCUGCCGUCGUCUCCGAGAGGUGUCUGAUAGGGUCGGACAGCAUCAUCGGGGCAGGGGGCCAGAUUGCAGAGAAGACCUCCAUAAAGAGGUCCACCAUCGGCAACUCUGUCACUGUGAAGGAGAAAGUUAAAGUCACCAACUCCAUCGUCAUGCACGGUGUCACCAUAGAAGAAGGGUGUAACAUCCAGGGCAGUGUGAUCUGCAGUAACGCCGUCAUCGGCCACGGAGCGGAUCUCAAGUACUGUCUGGUGGGCAACGGUCAGCGGAUAGAGCCGGAAGCCGAGAGGACCAACGAGGUGAUCGUCGGGAGCGACCAGCUGAUGGAGAUCUAGCACCCCAGGGUGGGCCCCCGGACGCUGCCGCCGCCGCCGUCACGCCUCCCAGCGCGCAGAGCGCCCCGCACCGAGGGGGGAGGACCAAAACCAGAGAACAAUUCAACCCACCAAUCACGAGCCGGCGUUUUGUCCCUCCCGACAGAGCCGUGCUGCUCUUCAUAGGCCUAUUUUUUUGUACAUCCUGUCAAAAUAAAAUAAAAUAAAAGCAAGUUCUAUUUAACCCGACACAA